ACUUGUAUGCAUGCAAACAUGUGAUGACACAUGUGCGUAUAUACCCUCAAAUUAGUUAAAUCUGAAAAAAGAAACAAGAGAAAUAUAUGUAAUUUUUUUCUAUUUAAUUUGUAGUUAAACAUACAAAAUGGGUUUAACCAAACAAUAUCUGAGAUAUGUACCAGCAGGUAAUGCGAAUAUAAUUGUAAGCCCACGUUGUAACGUUGCCUUUGUAACAUUGGAAAAUCAAGAAGGUAGAUUUGUUGCUGCUGCUGCAUGUGAACAUGUAUAUAUUUGGGAUCUACGUCUUGGAGAAAAGGCGCAAGUAUUAUCUGGAGAGAAGAUAUGUGUAACACGUCUAGCUGCAUCACCCAAUAAAAGGCAUAUUGCUGUCGGUUAUGCAGAUGGUACAGUGAAGAUCUUUGAUUUAACCACUGGUGAAAAUGUCAGUGUAUUUGUAGGACACAAAUCUGAAAUAACAGCAUUGGCAUAUGACACUUUAGGACAUAGAUUAGCCACUGGUUCCAAGGACACAGAUAUCAUUAUCUGGGAUGUGGUAGCUGAAACAGGAAUAUGUCGAUUAACUGGGCACAAAGGUGUCAUAACUAAAUUGGCAUUUAUGAGAGAACACAACAUUAUUAUCAGCAGUAGCAAGGAUACAUUUGUAAAGUUUUGGGAUUUAGACACAGAGCAUAACUUCAAAACUCUUGUUGGACAUAGAUCAGAAGUUUGGAGUUUUAUCUUAGUGAAGGAUGAUCAAUAUUUAAUAACAGGAUGCAAUGAUAAAGAAUUGCGUGUUUGGAAAAUAACCAUUCUUGAUAACAAGAAUAUUGAACUUGAUGCUGCUGUAAGUGCUUUGGAUCUUGAUGAGGAAAAUGAGGAAAGCAUGGAAAUGGAUGUGGAUAUGAAAUAUCCUAUAAGAUGCAAGAAAAUUGGGGGUAUAUUAAGAGCAGGUGGUGGCCGAGUCACCUCCUUGGAAGUUGACUCUACCGGCAAAAUUCUUGGAUGUCAUGGAGCGGGGAAUUCUAUAGAAUUAUUCCAUCUAUUGCCCGACGACAUAGUAAAGAAUAGAUUUACGAAAAGAUUGAAGAAGGAAAGACAUCAAGCUCAGCAGGAAGAGAAUAAUACAGAGGAGCUACCAAAUGCACCAGCUCUCAGAGAUGAGAUAAAACGUUUACCUAUUGUUCAAAUACUUGGUAAACCAAGAGGAUUUGAUUUAAUUAUGGGUAAAGGAAACGAGCUUAGAAUAUGCGUUGGAGAUAAUAACAAUUCAAUUGAAUUAUAUUCUUUACACACGGAAGAAAAAAAACCUGAAGUGAAGCGUUUACGUUCAAUAACAGCACAUGGACAUCGUACAGAUGUCCGAGCUAUUUGUUUUAGCUCCGACAAUUUGGCAUUUGCCACAGUUAGCGGAGAUUCAGUUAAAUUAUGGAAUAGACCAACAUUGGCGUGUUUACGCACAGUACAGUGCGGUUACGCUUUGGCAGUAACAUUUGUACCAGGUGAUAGGCAUCUGAUUGUUGGUUUAAAGGAUGGUAAAAUGCUUAUUAUUGAUAUCGCAUCUGGCGAUAUUUUGGAAGAAGUGCCGGCGCAUUCCAAGGAGCUUUGGAGCGUGACGUUAUUUCCUGAUUUGAAAGGGGUGGCUAGCGGUGGUGGUGAUCAAACGGUAAAAUUUUGGAACUUUGAACUCAUUCAAGACUCCGACAAUCAGAUAAAAGCGAAGGUUCUUUCUGUUUUACAUGCAAGAACGCUUAAGCUUGAAGAAAGUGUACUGUGUGUAAGAAUAAGCCCAAAUAACAGAUUUGUCGCCGUUUCUCUAUUGGACUCUACCAUUAAAAUCUUCUUCUUAGAUACAUUUAAGUUUUUUGUAUCGCUUUAUGGACAUAAACUGCCAGCGUUAUGUAUGGAUAUAUCCAGCGACUCUACCCUCAUUGCAACCGGUUCUGCCGAUCGCAACAUUAAAAUCUGGGGUUUGGAUUUCGGCGAUUGUCACAAAUCCAUAUUCGCGCACGACGAUUCUGUUACAGGUCUCUCGUUCGUACCUGGAACACAUUACUUCUUUAGCUCUGGAAAAGAUGGAAAAAUCAAACAAUGGGAUGCCGACAUAUUUCGAAAGAUCGUCACGUUACACGGUCAUGCUGGGGAAAGUUGGAAUUGUUGCAUUUCACCAAAUGGAGUUUUCGUCGCUUCAUGCGGUUCUGAUAAGGUAGUUAGAUUAUACGAAAAGACUAAUGAACCAUUAGUAUUGCAAGAUGAAGCAGAAGACGAAAGAGAACAACAGGAAAACGAGCUAGUCACUGGGGAAACUACUACAGUAUUAGGACAAAAGCAACAAACUUUACCUUCUAGAAAGACCGUUAACAGUGAAAAGGCUGCUGAAUUGAUACUGGAAUGUUUGGAAGUGUCCAAACAAUACGAAGCAGAAUUGAGUACAGCUGUUUCGGAUGAUAAAGCACCAUCUCUUCCUCUGUUAAUGCAAGCUUAUAAUUGUACAAGUACAGAAGACUUCUUACUGGAAACCUUUAAGCGUGUUAGGGCAAGUGAAUUGGAAGAAACAUUACUGUUAUUGCCGUAUUCUGCCGCCUCUGAUAUUUUGCAAAGACUUCCUAACUUAUUGAAGAGGGAUUACCAUGUAGAGUUAUUAGUUAGAUUAGCUUUAUGCUUAAUACAAGCAUAUCAUGGUCCAAUAGUAGCCAAUCAAAAUCUUUUGCCUACAUUAGAGAGUGUGAAGAAGCUUGCUGUAGAAAAGAUAUCCACUUUAAGGGAUACUAUUGGAUUUAAUUUGCAUGGAAUGAUGUACACACAGCGCAUUCUUGAAGAACGAGAAGGAAUCAAAUUUUUCAGAGAUGCCACUAAGAGUAAAGAACACAAAAACAAAAUCAGAAGAAAUAAGGAAAAGGCUGUAAAAAGAGCAAUUAUGAAUCUGUAAUAUUUUUUGAGGAACUUUGUAUAUGUAUAUAUA